AUGGCGACGAAACGAGAACGACGAUCACGGCGUUCUGCAAAGGAAGAUUCCUCUCCAGCAGCCAAAAUUGAGCUAACGCCAGAACCAAAGCAAGAUUUUCUAAAAGUUCCUAAGCGAGGUGACACACCGCGUGAUUUCAAAAGUUUACACAGGGAAAAAUCUCCUUUUGAAAUCGGUGAAAAACCGGAUGUACAAGUUGCAUCACAAAAAGCAAUUAUUGAUAAAGCCCUUAUAAUGGACAUAUCGGGAGGAGUAACAAACGUAGAUGAAUACAUUUCAUUAUUUUUCACUGAUUCAUGUAGUUUGGAUCCCGCAAGCUGCGGAGAUAUUUCAACAGUUAAAAUAGAAGUCGUUGAAGAAGAACCUAUCGAAGCAGCACCACCUAAGCCGGCCGUAGAGCACGAACAAUCCUUUCAAAGUGUCGAAGAAGAGCAGACCAACAUUGAAAAAGGUAAGUCUCCAGAAGUCAUUCCCGCAGUAGAGCCAGUUCCUGAACCUGAACCAGAACCAGUUGAAGAAGAGCCAGAAGAUGACGAGGAGGAAGAAAUAGAAGAAGAAAUUCCUCCCCCUCGUGAACCGACGCCACCUCCCCCCCCACCACCUAAAGAACCAACGCCCGAGCCCGAACCUGAACCAAUAAAGCCUGAACCCGAGCCAGAAUAUGAUUCAGAUGUUGAGUUGAUUCCACCUAAGGAAGAGUUCGAUCCGUCUGUGUGGAAGAGUGUAGAUGACCUAGAGCAACAGCAGCAGGAUAGAGAGGAGGCUGUUAAGAAGAAUAAAUCAAAAGAAUCUUCACGACGCGAAUCCCUUAGUGAAAUGACCGAAAGGGAACGAGACUUAGAAUGGCAGCGACAACGUCAACUAAUGAGACCUCCAUUGAUAAUUUCUCAUUUGAAAUCAAGAGCAGCUCCUAAAGGUUCUGUGGUUAAAUUAACAUGUACCAUUUCUGGUCCUGGUAUAACUGUUCGGUGGUUCAAAGACGGAAACCCAAUUGAACGUGAUGCCAAGCACACAUUCAAAGUUAGUGAAGGCUUAUUGAGUUUAGAAAUUAAAGACGUGGAUUUUUCUGAUGUUGGCGAAUACAGUUGCAUUAUCAAAAAUAAAAAUGGAGAAACAUCAACCUCAACAUCUUUGAAAGUGUAUGAAAACUUUGAAACGAAACCAGUUCCUCCCACUUUCAUUUCAAUCAGAGCUUCAACGGUGGUCGGAGUCAAAUCGUCAACAGAAGAAAAACAAUCAGGUGUUGAAACGCCAAGUAAUACAGAAAACAUAAUUGCAGAAGAACACAAAAUUACUUUGGACGAAAUAUUACAAACUUCAGAGAUAUCUGAAAGCGAAGAACCUGUCUCUAGUGUAAUUAGUGAAAAUAUGAGAAAUGCACAAGUCACUGAAGCAACAGUAAUAUCAAUAGACGCAAAAGACAGUUCAAAAAAGGUUAAACCAGAACAAUCACCACCACCUUUGCAAUACGGCGAUGACGUAGUUAAAUACCACCAUAAAAAAAUAUUACAUAAUCGUGAUAAGUUGGCAUGGUCAGUACAUCUCACUAAUAGAGCUGGCCUAGCGGGACGACGUUAUAAAUUAAUGUGUGCAGCCACGGGAUUCCAACCAGAACUUGAGUGGUUUAAGGACGAUAUCCCCGUUGUAUAUAAUGAUCAUGUUGUAGACAUGAAUGAUUUGCACCGCGGAGCGUAUGGGUGUAUUUGGAUCAACAAUUUGAAUCCGGAAGACGCCGGUACUUAUAAGUGCGUUGCAUUUAAUGGUUUUGAACGUAUCGAAACUACUUGCAAUUUAACAGUAGUUAAACCAAAUAGUGAGUCAUGCGAAUUUGCCCCAUCAUUCAUACCUCAUCGCACCAGAGAAAUAUUUGAUACAAAUAGUAAUAUUUUGACCAUCGAACACCAAAUUAGAGCUAACCCUCCUCCGACAGUUACCUGGGUCAAAGGACUGUUACAGUUAGGAAUGCUAAAAGAUCCUCAUUUUCGCAUUUCGCAACAUUUUGAUGAAGUCGCAGAACAUACUAUUGCGGCUUUAGUAUUUUAUGAUCCUACUUUCAUGGAUUCUGGAGAAUAUGUAUGUACUGCAAAAAACAAUUUGGGAGAAGCUACUGUAAGUUACAAUCUUAAAUAUUCUAACGAAGAAGAAUAUUUCACUUGGUUAAUAAAGAAAAAACCAUCGGAAAAACUAGCUCGUGAAUUAGAAUUGGGAAUAAUAGUACCGAAAGACGCUCCUACAUUUGAUGUUGACGAAAUACUGGCUCAAGUGGAUGCUCAGUUUAGUCCAGCGAUAAAUGAAAAUGCGGAUAAUACCGAUGAAAGUAGCAAUAUUAUGGAAUCUGAAAAUUCGAAUCAAAUUAAUACUGGUAGUAAUAAACGAGAUAUGCUGAGCAAAUUGACUCUACCAAGAGUGUCAGAAAUUCCAGAAUUGGAAGACUUGGAGGAAAGCCUUGAAAGUAUCGACCAACAACCUACUUUAGUAGUAAAAAACGAAGAGCUUCUAACUCGCCAAGGGAAAUCAAAUGAAAAUACUCAACAGGAAGAAUCUACUUACGUACGAAAGAAGAAACAGAUUGAUAUUGACAUUGAAGAAUUAGAACGGCGAAACAAAUUUGAUUUUGUUUCCGCUAUGUUGAACAUGAGAGUGGAACUGGGUAAAACAUUCAGAUUAUUUUCAUAUGUCAAGUGCCGCGGAGAUAUUACGGCCGUAUGGAAACAUGAUGGAAGAGUUCUAAAAGAAGGCCUUCGCUCUUCGUUUAUCACAACUCCGAAUGGAACUUGCAUUUUAGAGAUUGAAAAAUGCAAAUUCAGAGAUGCUGGUCAAUACACAUGCGUAGUUAAAAGUAAGACUUAUGGGGAAAUAGAGCAAUCCUGUACAGUAACUGUUUACGCGACUGAAAUAAAGGGAGAGAAACCAGUAUACACUAAAGUAAUCACCGAAACUUACAAUCCCAUUAAGGAUGAAUUGUACUUAGAUUGCACUGUAAGAGGAGAUCCAAUGCCGGAAACUAUUUGGAUUAUAAAUGGCACGUUCUUGCAUAAAAAUAGUGGUCCUAAAUUUUUCUUUCGAAAAUGGGAUGAUGGAAGACAACAAUUAACAAUUUUUCAACCUCGAAAAGAAGACAGUGGACGAUAUGUUUGUCGCGCACGCAACUGUGUUGAUAAAACAGAUAUGGUUUACUAUUUAAACUGGAAAAACAGUGACGAAGAAGUUAUCAAAGAGUUUGAAGAUGAGAUGCAUAAAAAAAUAGAGAAACCCAUACGUAGUCGGCAUUUGCGACCUAAAGAAUGUGAAUACAAACCAGAAGAUGAAUACCUCCUCAAAUGGUCAGAAGAAAGAAAUCGACACGAAAAAGAGUAUCCUUAUAACUAUAAGCUGCGCUUCGUAACUCAUCUUCAAGAUAAAACAGUUCUAGAAGGAACUAAUUUGAAAUUUACUUGUUAUGUGGACGGGAAAUAUCCCCAAUUCAUGUGGUAUAAAGAUGACAUGCCGAUAGUACAGGGGAGGAAAUACCGACAAAAGCUACGCCGAGAUGGAAAAGUAACAUUAGAAGUAAUUAAUGUUACAACAGAUGAUGCAGGAGUGUACAAAAUUGAAGCCAAAAACUAUGCCGGAGUUAUUUCGUCGAAGUCUACAGUAACAGUGUAUCAGAACCCUUACAUUAAAUUUACUCCACCUAUGUUUGCAAGCACAAUUUUAGAAACAUAUUCUUUGCAUUCGGAUGAAAUAAUUUUAGAAUGUCGUGUAAGAGGUUCCCCUCGACCAAAUAUAGCAUGGAUCAAAGAUGGUGAAUAUAUCAUACCUGGAGAUAAAUAUGAGCAAUACGAUCAUGCUGACGGUACUUGCAAGCUAAUUAUUACCAAACCAAACGAAGCUGAUUCAGGCACAUAUACGUGUGAAGCAGAAAGCGGAGGAUGUAGUGAUGCAAUAAGUCAUAAUGUUCAAUACGUUGGAAAAGAAAAGAUAAUGCUAGAACGAACGCAUAAUUUCUAUCAUCGCAAUCCAAAUUUGCCACAUUUUUAUCAAUCGCUUGCGGAUUAUUCUAUUCCAUCUGGUGGAAAUAUUUGUUUAAUAGUUGAAGUUCAGGGAAAUUGUGAAGUACAAUGGUUUAAGGACAAACAAGAAGUUAAAGGACGGCCUCCGAAAAUACGAUUUUAUAGCGAUGGAACCGGUAUUUUUGUACUAUGCAUUUCUGCCGCUACAAUGGACGCUUCUGGACGAUAUACAUGUAGAGCGAGCAAUGCAUUCGGGAAAGCGGAGUCAUCAUCGAAUGUCGAUGUUAUCAAUCCGAACGCUAUCAAAGGUGCAAAGCCGCCUAUAUUCAUGGCUAGACCCCAACCGGAAAUCAAGAUUCGACAAGGGCAGGAGAUUUCUAUGGCUUUCAAGCUAAUUGGUGACCCAAAACCAAAGAUUCAAUGGAUGAAUGGAACGAAAGAUAUUACGAAUGCGGCACGCACAACCAAGGAAGUUCACAACGAUUUCAUUCGUUUUUCUAUCAAAGAUGCUCUAACAACUGACGAAGGCGCUUAUUUCAUUGUUGCAAGAAAUCGUUAUGGAAUUGAUCGUUGUUUUACGAAAGUUACGGUAAAGCAUCCCAAAGGACACAAAAAAGAAAAAGAAAUCGAGGAUAGCGUUCCAGAGCCAAAUAAAUAUGACAGAAGUAGAAUGUAGUAACCACGGCAUUUCAUCACGUUGUAUUGAACUUUUAUAGGUUAUUCAAAUUGGUUUUAAAAUUAUACCCGAAAGUUGAUCGUGUGAAAUAUAGGAUUUCCACUAGACGGCACAAACAUGCCCGUGCGAUUGUGUCGGUUGGGUG